AGUUGUAACCCUAAAUGUGACAGGACUAUGGCAUCGAAGUUUGAAUCCUCCAUUCAGAGGGGGUGUGAUUUCAUCCACGAUUUUGUCUGUUCCCCAUGCGAAGAAGAUGGAUUGAACACGGAAGCUCAAUAUUUCUGUAAUCAGUGUACGAAAUAUUACUGCGUAAACUGUGUCCCAGUUCACAACAAGCUAUUCAAGAGACACUCGGUGCUCGACCGGACGGACAAGACGAAAUGGGCAGCAGCACCAGGGAUGGUUGACGUUCUUGAGAGAUGCGAGAGGCACCCCGGGGAGGCGCUCAAGCUGGUCUGUGGUGACCAUGACCAGCUGUGUUGUCACGUGUGCGUUGCCAUGGAUCAUAGACAAUGUUCAGCAAUACAGCACAUUCCAGACGUUGCAAAGGGCAUCCGCAAAGAUCCCGAGUUUCGUCAACUACCUCAACGGGUAGCUGUUCUUAGGGUGCAGAUAGAAGAUAUGAAAAACGACAGAAAGAAAAAUAGUUCCUCACUGAGGAAGACUCGAACAGCCAUUCUUGAUGAAAUCAAAGCAAUCCGUAGAAAAAUCAACGAUAUUCUUGACCAGAUGGAGAAAACAACCGUUCAAGAAUUAGACGGUCUGGUGGCUGCACAGGAACUGUCCAUUAAGAAAGAUAUGGAAUCCUGCACACAGAUGGACGACGAAUUAAAGAACAUCAUAGAUGACAUACAAAGCAAAGACUCAUCAGGCGAACCUCCCCUAUACAUUGGGUUUAGAAAAUGUGAAGAAAUAAUCAAACAAGCGAAAGAAAUUCUGCAAAACAUGUCAAAUGUUGUCAAAUACAAUAUAACUUUUCGUAAACAUAAUGGAAUAGAAGAUUAUUUGUCCUCGAUGAAGAGUUUUGGGGACUUUAAUCAAUCGAAUGUUUUUGGUGUACAACCAAUUGCUUCCCUAAACCCUAGAGAUCAUGUAUUCGCUACCGAAGGUUACAAGGAAUACAACGUAAGGAUGAGUUCAGACAAAAGUUCAUGUAAUAUUCAAGGGAUGUGUGAGCUGCCUGGUGGAGAGAUUGUUAUUUUAGACCGCAACAACAAAGUGAAACUCCUGGACCAGGAGUACAGGGUUGUCGACCACUGUGAUGUCCCCAAGUAUCAACAUGACGUGUGCCACAUGGGCGGGAAUGAGGUUGCCGUUUGUGUUGACAACUAUGACAAUAGACAUGAACUUCAUUUCAUGAACAUAAUAAAAGGGAAACUUGUGACUACGAGAAAGUUAAGUUUCACCCAUAGAUGUUACAGCGCAGCUCAUCAUGGAAACAACCUUUACAUUUCAUCAGGCACCGCGCUAUACGUCUAUACGACAACGGGACAACUUGUAAAGAAGCUGUACGAGGACAAGUCUGGUGGUAACACGGUGAGAAAUAUUGCCAUCAGUAACGAUGGUAAGACUAUCUACAUCACAAACUUCUCAAACAAUCAAAUUAUCACCCUGGACAACCUCGGCAACAAGCUGGCCACAUUCACUGAUCCUGACUUGAGGGGACCUUACGGAGUACACUCGACAACUGCUGGACACGUGUUCGUCUGCUGCCUUCACUCCGACACAGUGCUGCAGGUUGACAAGGACGGGAUGACGAAGUUGGCCACACUGGCAAGGAUACAAGACGGAGUGUACUCCCCUCAAGAUUUGUACUUCAGCAGUCGUACUUCCUCUCUGGUUGUCGGCGGAAGGAAAGACACGCUCCUCGUCAUCAGUGUUCGAUAAAAUAUGAUAAUAGAUUCACUUAUAAGUGACAAAAAAGACAAUCAACUGUUAUUUUCUUUAACCUUUUUUCUUGUAAGUAUUUACACGGAUGAAAUCAUACAAGAAUCCUAUUUGCUUAAACAUACAUAUACGUUUAUAUGUUACGUAUUACGCUUGCUUUUUGCUUCAAAGUUAUAAAGUUAAUUGUGCGCAUGUUAUUGAACUAUAUCACUGUUGAUUUUAGAAUGUUAUUCACAUAUGUUAUAUAUCUGGUAUAAGUGUGUAUGUAU